AUGACCACCAUCAAAGGCCCCGGAGCUGCGGAGACGUUCGACGGCUCGGGUCUGCGCAUCGCUAUCGUUCAUGCUCGCUGGAACACGGCUAUUAUCGAGAACCUCGUCGCCGGCGCGAAGAAGAGCUUGUUCGCUGCUGGUGUGAAGGAGGAGAAUAUUACUAUCCAGACCGUCCCUGGCAGCUACGAGUUGCCUAUUGGCGUGCAGCGCCUCUACGCCGCCUCCCAAGUCCAAGCCAGUAACACCGGCGAAGGCAUCAGCGCAACGGACCUCCUCUCCUCAACAACAGACCUAAGCAAGACCCCCACCGCAAGCGCCCCCAAGAAGCCUUUCGACGCAAUCAUCGCCAUCGGCGUGCUGAUCAAGGGCGCGACCAUGCACUUCGAGUACAUCGCCGACGCGGUCAGCCACGGACUGAUGCGCGUGCAGCUUGACACGGGCGUGCCCGUUAUUUUCGGCCUUCUGACUGUCCUGACGGAGGAGCAGGGUCUGGAAAGGGCUGGACUUGGGAGCAGUGGGAUGCAUAACCAUGGUGAGGAUUGGGGUAGUGCGGCUGUUGAGUUGGGUGUUAAGAGGCAGGAUUGGUUGGAGGGGAAGAUUUUGUAG